CUCCUGCCUGCCCUGCCGGUUAGUCUUGUGACUUCUGUCUUUCCUGCCACUAUGGCCGCGCUACCUGUGUUUACAGUCGUCCUGCUGGCUCUUGGCUUCUCCCGGGGCUUCCAGCAUCACUUCGUCGAAGAGGAGCCGGAGCUUGUGGCUGGACCGUCCCAAUACGGAUCCCUGUGGCCUCUGCCGCAGAAAGUGCACAUCUCCGAUGUUUCAUUCAAGUUGAGCAGCUCCAACUUCCAGAUAACUGAUGCCAAAGAGUCCUCUGCGGGUCCGAGCUGCAACCUCCUGCAGAGCGCCUACAGGAGGUAUUAUGAGUACGUGUUCGUUGGUCCCAAGAAUCAGAAGAGGGGCAGAGACCAGCCGGCGGGCCCCUCGGAGGUGACAGAGCUCCAGGUGUGGAUCACAUCACCUGACUCGGACUGUGACAGCUUCCCCACCGAGUCUUCUGACGAGUCAUAUGAGCUGUCAGUAGAUCAGCCUGUUGCUGUCCUAAAAGCACCGAAGGUCUGGGGAGCCCUGCAUGGUUUGGAAACGUUCAGCCAGCUGGUGUAUGAGGAUGAAUUUGGAGCUAAAACCAUCAACUCAACAGUGAUCAGCGACUUCCCUCGGUUUGCACACCGAGGUGUUCUGUUGGACUCCUCAAGACAUUUCAUCCCAGUAAAAGUCAUCCUUGCUAAUCUGGAAACGAUGGCGAUGAACAAAUUCAACAUCUUCCACUGGCACAUCGUCGAUGACUCGUCUUUUCCUUACCUGAGCCAAACGUUUCCUCAGCUGAGCGAGAAGGGAGCUUACCACCCAUACACUCACGUGUACACACCCACAGAAGUGAAGAUGGUGAUUGAGUUUGCUCGUCUGAGAGGCAUUCGGGUCAUCCCGGAGUUCGACACUCCAGGACACACGCAGUCUUGGGGUAAAGGCCAGCCCGGACUGCUCACCCCCUGUUACUCUGGCUCCAAGCCUUCCGGCACUUUUGGACCGGUCAACCCCAUCCUGAACACCACGUACGACUUCAUGAGCCAGUUAUUCAAGGAGAUCAGCCUCGUGUUUCCCGACGCCUACGUUCAUCUGGGAGGUGACGAGGUGGACUUCACCUGCUGGAAAUCCAACCCAGACAUUCAGAAGUUCAUGGAGCAGCAGGGCUUUGGGCAGGACUUCACCAAACUGGAGUCCUUCUACAUUCAAAGACUCCUGGAUAUUGUCACAACUACCCAGAAGGGCUACAUGAUCUGGCAGGAAGUCUUCGACAACGGAGUCAAGCUGAAACCAGACACACUUAUCCACGUUUGGAAAGGAAACCAGCAGAGCUACCAGCGGGAGAUGGCAAAUAUAACAUCGGCAGGGUAUCGCACCCUGCUGUCCUCUCCCUGGUACCUGAACCGUAUCGCCUACGGCCAGGAUUGGCAGGCCAUUUACAAAGCCGACCCACAGGAUUUUAAGGGAACUGAUGAUCAGAAGAAGCUUGUGAUUGGUGGAGAAGCUUGUCUGUGGGGAGAGUUCGUGGAUGCUACUAAUCUGACUCCCAGACUCUGGCCUCGAGCGUGCGCCGUGGCUGAGAGACUGUGGAGCGCCAAAGAAGUCACCGACACCAACGACGCCUUCAACAGGCUGGCUGUGCACCGCUGCCGUUUGGUCGAGCGCGGGAUUCCAGCUCAGCCUCUGUACACCAGCUAUUGUCCACGAGAGUACAAGGGUAUCUGAAAGCAGCCGAGGCCCGGGGGACGGGAAAGGGACGCGAGUCAAAACGUCUGCCUCGCGGUUGCUUUAGAGCUAAACGUGAGAACUCGGAUGCCAAGCUGAUGCCGAUUAAAGCGGGUUUGCACUGAUUAAAAAAAAGUCUUUACGGAACUCUAAUCUGUUUUUAUGACAAAGUGUGAUUUUCUGUAUUUUUAAAACUGUCAAUAAAAAUGUUGACAUUUUAA